GGUGGAGGGUUGGGUGGGAACUUGGGCAUCGUUUUCCUCCUCUCUCUUGUUCUUGCCAAAACCCUAGUACCUGAUCUCUAACCCAGAAUUAUGUGUCUUUGAGGUAGAAAUCACCCAAGAGGAGGGAAGAUUGGCAAAUCUGAUCUGGUAGGGUGUCUUUCCCUAAAGUUUCAGUUUUAAGUCACUCCAACUCAUACUUUUUCUCUCCUCCUAUUCCCUUAGUUCUGGACUUUCCCUCAGAGCUCUCUGAUGCCUCAGAUUUUCCCCUGCUUUUACUCCUCUUGCUCAGGUGCUUUCACUCCUUUUCCAGAAGGCAGGCAUCCUACCUCCAGUUGCUCCAUCCCCCUUUUGCUUCCCUCCAUCUAGCCAAACUAGUUUGAGUCAGCCACACCCCAUUCUGAGCUCCUGGGGCUUUUCAGGAGGUGGCUGGCCACCCAACCCCACCCCUGGGCUUGGCUUGGAGACCUGAGUCAGCUCCUCCACCCAAGCCAAAUCAAACCUGAGGCAGGAGCCGAAACUCACAGUCCCUCAAGGCCUAUAGCCAGGUGAUGGAGGACGAGGAGAAGGCAGUGGACACCUUGGUGAGCAACAUGGAAGCUGCUCAUUCUCCAUCCCCCAUCCGCUGCUGCUGGCUCCGCCUCCGCUACCUGGCAGCUACUAGCAUUAUCUGUGGCUGCUCUUGCCUGGGAGUCGUGGCCCUUGUGUUUGCCAUCAAGGCGGAAGAGCGGCAUAAGGCAGGCCGGUCCGAGGAGGCAGUGCACUGGGGGGCCCGGGCCCGGAACUUCAUCUUGGCCAGCUUUGCCGUCUGGCUUGCUGUCCUCAUUCUGGGCCCUCUGCUUCUGUGGCUGCUCUCCUACGCCAUCGCCCAGGCUGAGUGACCCUGGGUGGCCUCUGCUGAGAGUCAGCGAGACCUCCUGGAUCCUGCAGUGCGGCAUUGCUAGGGUCUGGGGCGAGCAGUGGUCCUUCCUGGCUAAAAGGAUGGUGCCUCUCUCAAAGGGCUUUGGAAGAGCUCUUCUAGACCUUUCUAAAAGGAGGCAGCAGCUGAGACUGAUGAGGGGAGGCCAGCCUGCUCUGUUCUUUCAGUGCCCACCACCUCCUAAUUCCCCCAGCCCAUCACAUCCUAGGGGCCUCAACCCAGAGGUGGGGUUGAAAACCAGGCCUGAUUUUAUUAGAAUUUGUUUUGUAAUAAAAAGCUUUUUUAGUGGUGAAAUGCUCCUGUCUAAUUGUUGUUCCCCUACUUUCCCCGGGUUCUUGGCGAGAGCCAGACUGGACAUGUGACCGAUGGCAAAAUCUGCAUUUCCCUUUACCUAGGCACUCCGAGAGAAAGAAAGGAUUUUUUUUUUUCUUUCUCUCCACCCCCUCCCUUCUCCUGGUGGUUUCCCUUCUUGGAAACACCCCAGCUUCUCCCGUGCACGUCAACAGAGACCCUGUGGCCAGAUAGGAAGAGUAAUAGCAGCAACCACUAUUUACUGAGUGCUUACUAUGUUCCAGGCUGUGUUCUAAGCACUUUAUAUUUCUUAACUCCUUCAGUCCUCACAGUUAAUCGAUAGCAGGUACCAUUAUUUACAUUUUAUAGCUGAGGAAACAAGCACCCAAUGUCAUCCAGCUAGUGAGAGGCAGAGCUGGGAUUGAACCCAGAUAGCUUGCUUCCAGAGUCGAAAGAGGAAUGGAAGGGUUGGAUAGCAGUCACAGGUAAGUCUCUGCCCUGUGUGUGAAGCUUUGUAGGAUUAUAAUGAAUUUUCAUAUCUUGGGCCUCAUGGUAAUCUUAAACAUAUUUUAUUUCAAAUUUCGAAGUAUACAUGCAGGAAAAUAUCCCAAACAAAUAGAGUUUAUAAACUAACGCAAAGCAAACAUCUGAAAAUCACCAUUCAAUCAAGAAAUUGAACAUUGCCUUUACUCCAAAACCUCCUUUAUAUCCCUCCCAAUACCACUCCCUUCCUUUUUUCCCACAGGUAACUACCAUUCUGAUAAGUUUGUGUUUUUUUUUUAAGUUUAUUAUUUUGAGAGAGAGAGGGCAUGAAUGGGGGGAAUGGCAGAGAGAGGGAGAGAGAGGAUCCCAAGCAGGCUUUGCACUGUCAGGGCAGAGCCCAAUGUGGGGGUCAAACUCAUGAAACUGAGAUUAUGACUUGAGCUGAAAUCAAGAGACAGACGCUUAAUCGAUUGAGCCACCUAGGCACCCUCCAUUCUGAUUUCUAACAAUGGAAUUUAGUCUUGCCUGCAUUUAAGCAUUGUAUAAAUGGAAUCAUAUGUAUUCUUUUCAUAUCUGGCUUCUUUAACAUUAUUGCUGAGAUUCAUUAAUAUUUGAUUCAGCUAUAGUUUUCAUUACUGUAUGGUAUUCCAUUAUAUGAAUAUAUUACAUUUUAUCCAUUUCCUGUUGGUGGACUUUUGGGAUGAUUACAGUUUCGUGAUAUUAUGAAUCAUGCUGCUGUGGACAUCCUUGUACAUGUCUCUUGGAGUACAUGUGCUCUGGGAAUUGAAUUUUUGGAUUAUUUCACCAUAAUUUAGAGACCAGCAGAGCACGUAAAUGAAUUAGAGAUAUUUGUUGCACACCGAAGAGAGAAGAUUAAAGAGAAGAAGAGGCACAUGAUGGUUGUCUUCAGUGUUCUGAAGUGCUCCAGGAAAUAAAAGUGAAGAGACUCUAUUGUUGGUCCCAGAGGUUAGAGUUACAGCAAUGGAUAGAAGCCAUACCUAGGGCACUGGUGGUCAAUCUUGUCUUCACAAUAGAACUGCCUGGGGAGCCUUAAAAAGUACUUAAUGCCUGGACUUUUGUCCCUAGGGAUUCUGAUUUAAUUGGUGUAAGCUGCUGCCUGCACAUCAGUAUAACACAUUUUAGAU